AUGCAGUUGGCGGCCAACAGUGUGGCCAUACAUGACAACAAUGAAUGAAGUAAGAAGCUGCAAACUUGCUUCUUGGAAGUUCAAUAAUACAUAUUUCAGAGGGGGCAAAGUGAUAAAUAAUGGAAGUGGGUAGCCAUAAAAAUUAAAAGAGGUUUACUUGCAAACAAAGCAUCUUGCGUGGGUCGGUCGCUGAGGCGAAGGGUUGGAACGGAGACUUUGAGCGGAUAAGAACGACCGAACUCAUCAUCCUCCCUUCUCUUCCUACAAAACCUUCCCUUCUCCUGCUCGUUUUCUUUUGCUUCCUUUCUCCAUUUUUCCCUGCUUCCUUAACAGAGAAAGGUUUCUGCUUUUCUCCAUUUCUUAUAGAACGGAAGAGACGCUCUGGACAAAAAGCUGGCGAUUGAUCAGAAUUCCCCGCGCAAGGAGCUGAAGCAGUACAAGAAAUCCAUGGGGGUAGAGGAUGAGAACAGGUGGCCGCCAUGGCUGUCGCCUCUUCUUUCGACGAGCUUCUUCGUUCAAUGCAAGCAUCACACUGAGUCGCACAAGAGCGAGUGUAACAUGUAUUGCCUUGACUGCACGAAUGGUGCGUUCUGCUCCCUCUGCCUCGCCUACCAUCGCGACCACAGAGCAAUUCAAAUAAGGAGGUCAUCAUACCACGAUGUUAUAAGAGUUUCUGAGAUUCAAAAAGUUCUGGACAUCAGCGGCGUGCAAACCUACAUCAUCAAUAGCGCCCGCGUCGUCUUCCUCAACGAGCGGCCCCAGCCAAGGCCGGGAAAGGGCGUCACAAACACCUGCGAAGUUUGUGAGCGCAGCCUCCUCGACUCCUUCCGCUUCUGCUCUCUCGGCUGCAAGUUAGUCGGCACUUCUAAUGACCCGAACAUGAAGAAGAAGAGGACGAGGAAUCGAGGAAAUGCUACAUCGGGUUCAGGGGAGUCCCACUCUGGUACGAGCCAUGGCAGCGAAAAAAGCACAGUGGUGCAAAGCUUCAACCUUUCAGCUCUCUCGCCGACCGUUAUUAGCUUCCGCGGCGCUAGGAGGAGGAAGGGCAUUCCGCAUCGUGCCCCUUUCAGUAGCCUUAUCCUUGAAUUUUAAAGAAGCUAGACAAAGCCCCAAUAGCAGUUUCUCUUUACUGUGUUGUCUUCACCUAUAUAUAAAUAUAUACAUGAGUUGGCUUCCAACUGGUCUGCACGCUUGUCUUUGUGGCGAGGAAGAAGAAGAUGGCUUAGAUAGAAAAGAAACGUUUUUUUUU